AUGCGGAGCGGUGGAGUCGGCCCCGGGGGAUGCGGAGCGCGUGCGGAGCGCGUGGAGUCGGCCCCGGGGGAUGCGGAGCGCGUGGAGUCGGCCCCGGGGGAUGCGGAGCGCGUGGAGUCGGCCCCGGGGGAUGCGGAGCGCGUGGAGUCGGCCCCGGGGGAUGCGGAGCGCGUGGAGUCGGCCCCGGGGGGGGAUGCGGAGCGCGUGCGGAGCGCGUGGAGUCGGCCCCGGGGGAUGCGGAGCGCGUGGAGUCGGCCCGGGGGAUGCGGAGCGCGUGGAGUCGGCCCGGGGGAUGCGGAGCGCGUGGAGUCGGCCCCGGGGGAUGCGGAGCGCGUGGAGUCGGCCCCGGGGGAUGCGGAGCGCGUGGAGUCGGCCCCGGGGGAUGCGGAGCGCGUGGAGUCGGCCCCGGGGGAUGCGGAGCGCGUGGAGUCGGCCCCGGGGGAUGCGGAGCGCGUGGAGUCGGCCCCGGGGGAUGCGGAGCGCGUGGAGUCG